UCUUGUUUCUGGCCGGAAGUCAUUUUCCUCGCGGCAGCGUCUGGUGUCCUAGAAACGGCCCGGCGGCCAAGAGCGGGAGACGGUUGACAGGAUGCUGAACGCGGAUCGCCUCUCUCAGCCGGGGCUCGAGUAUCUGGCCCAAAGGCACGUCAUUACUUAUAUGGAAGAUGCAGUGAGUCAGCUACUAGAAAGCAAGGAAGAUAUUGGUCAAUAUGGCAUUGCCAGAUUCUUCACUGAAUAUUUUAAUAGUGUGCGUCAAGGAACUCAUAUUUUGUUCCGAGAGUUCAACUUUGUCCAAGCUACACCCCAUAAUAGAACAUCCUUUCUAAGGACUUUUUGGCGAUGCUUCAGGACAGUGGGGAAAAAUGGAGACUUGCUGACCGCCAAGGAGUACCACUGCUUACUGCAACUGCUUUGCCCUGAUUUUCCUGUAGAGCUUACUCAGAAAGCAGCAAGGAUUGUUUUAAUGGAUGAUGCUGUGGACUGUUUGAUGUCUUUUUCAGACUUCCUGUUUGCCUUCCAGAUCCAGUUUUACUACUCAGAGUUUAUUGAAAAUGUGGCUGCCAUCUAUCAAGAGCUCUUGACAGGUAAAAAUCCAAACACUGUAAUUGUGCCUACGUCGUCUUCUGGGCAGCAUCGUUCGCGUCAAGCUCUCAAUGAGUGCAGUCCAGUCGAUGGAGUGGAGGCAUCUGCAUUUUACCAGUGCCUUGAAUCAUUAUGUGACAAAUCUAAAUACAGCUGCCCCCCAGCCACUGUUCUCAAGGAAAUUCUGAGCAAUGUACAGAGAGUAACUUUCUAUGGAUUUCUGAUGGCUCUUGCAAAGCAUCACGGGAUCAACAAAGCUCUUGGAGCUCUUCCUGAGAAAGCAGAGUUGCUACUUGACCCGCUUAUGGAUCAGGAAUUAGAGAAACUGAUUGCAUCUAUUUCAGGCCUUUCAGUAUCCAAUUCUAGUGCAAGUGGGGAUGCAACAAACAUGCCUUCUCGUGCUUCACCACGCAUCUGUUCCCUUUGGAGGCCGCUCCACCACCAUCGGAAAAUGGAUACUGAAAGUGAUGGCUCCACAGAAGAGACAGAUUCUUCAGAGAACUGAUUAAAGGAAUAUGCAAUGGUUACCAGGUCCUUAUAACCAAAGUGUUGGAUGUAGAGAAAAGGGAGAUGGAGACUGAUUGCAGUUGUAGUAUCAUACUGCUCUCUUGUGGCAAACAUGUCAAAUUGAUUGAAAUACGAGAGCAUUUGUUUCAGUGUUAAGAAAUUUAAUUCUCAGUGUGGAGUUUGCACCACUAUCCUUUGAUCUCUGUUGUACACACAAGACUUUACCUUCUCCCUACAUAUACACCCUUUAUUAUAUUGCUCGGUAUUAAUGUAUUUUAUGAAAGUCCAGAUCAGAAAGGAAAACGCAUGGCUCGGAGGAAUGGGUAUUUUUUUCACUGUGGGUUCAGGAUGAGACCUGUGAAGUAUGUAUAGAAAAUAAAGAAUGUUGCACUAGGAGCUCCAUUAACUGAGA